AUGGAAAUAUUAUAUUCUCUUCUUGAAAAAGAGGAUAAGUUUGUAUUUGAUGACAAGUGCCAAAAGGCAUUUAAUAAAUUGAAGGAGCGUCUCACUUCUGCUCCUGUUAUUGUUACUCCUGAUUGGUCCCUGCCUUUUAAGUUGAUGUGUGACGCAAGGGGGUUCGCGAUUGGUACUUUGCUCAACCAGAGGCACAAUAAAAUUAUGCACCCAAUCUACUAUGCUAGUAGGACUCUUAAUGCGGCCUUGAGAGAUGAACUACACGGUGAUUGUGAAAGAGCUGCUUGCUAUAGUGUGCCAGUGGAGGAACUUGAUAUUUAUGAUGCUUUUCCUGAUGAGCAAGUUUUGGCAUUGUCUAUGCAAGUGGCACCUAGGUAUGCAGAUUUGGCUAAUUACUUGGUGGCUGGUAUCAUUCCUGAAAAGCUCAAAUCUUACCAGAAAAAGAAGUUUUUGUGCGAUUCUCAUAAGUACUAUUGGGAUGAGCCAUACUUAUUCAGAACAUGUGCUAACAACAUUAUUCGGCGUUGUGUUCCAGAGAGUGAGAUAUUGGAGAUUCUGAAGGCUUGA